CAAAAUUGUAGGUUAUAAUUCAUAGUUGACCAAGAAAGCAAAGCAAUGUAUGAACAUUUUAUACUUGACGCUAUUUUCUUUCCACUUAUGUUUCUGAAACAUACUUUACCUAGAUAUUCUUAACAUUUUUGGUUGGCCCUUGUUAAAUUCUGAAGUCCUAGGCAAAUCAGAGUUUACUCUGUCUCUAUGCUCCGGUAUCAAUAUGGAAGAAAGUACCAUAACACAUCGUAUAUUUUUUUUGUGCGGUCCAGCAGUGUACCAAUUAGAAACUGUAGUACCAGAGUACCUGCAUGUACUAAGUGAUAAGGGGUGGGUUUUGAAGUGUGUUCCAUUUGACCCGUCGAUACCGUUUUAGUGAAGUAGGAAGUUUUGAAAGAUCAAAAUAAAUGUGAUGUCAGAUGAGGAGCAACAGGAAGAUCAAAAGCCAUUUGCAGUUGAAGUAGCAAAAAAUGGCAGAGCAGCUUGUAAAAAAUGUAAAGAAAAAUGUAAUACAGGAGCAGUAAGGAUUGCCAAACUCAUGUUCAACCCUUUUGGAGGGGCUGGAAAAAUGAAAGCUUGGCAUCAUGUUGAUUGUCUUUUUGAGGCAUUUCUCAAACAGCGCCAAACAACUAAAAGAAUAGAAAGCCCUGAUGACAUUGAUGGAUGGGACACAAUUAGCAAGGAGGAUCAAAAACAUAUUUUACAAAAAAUUGAUGAGACUGAUGAAGCAUUUAUUAAAAAACAUGGAGGGAGCACCGUGAAGAAAUCCCCAAAGAAACAACCAAAUACCUCUCCUUCCAGUUCAAAAGCAUCUAAUACUACUCGCAAUAUGGUUGAGAAGAGUGAAGAGAAAAUAAAAGAUGAACCAGACAAAUCGGAAAAACCUACAGAACCUAACAAAGAUGAUCUGUUCAAGGAAUUCAGAAGACUGGUUGCAGAUAUCACGAAUGUAUCUAGCUACCUUGAGAAAACAGAAUGUGUUAAAGACAUGUUUACAAAAGGAACCAAUGGAAAGCAGUUCAAGGGUACCAUUGGUUUAUGGUGCCGACUACUUCUACCCGGCUUCGUGAAGCGAGUGUACAACUUAAAAAACAAGCAGCUGGUGAAACUGUUCAGUAGAAUAUUUGGUGCCGACCAAGAUGAAAUGGUUGAAGACUUGGAAAAAGGAGACAUUGGAGAGACUAUACAAACGUUCUAUGAGGGCAGUGCCAAAGUGAAGCCUGCUAAGAAAAGCGAUUUGACGAUAAGAGAAGUCGACGAAUUUUUGGAACGGCUAACGUUGUUAACAAAGGAGGAUGAUCAGAUAGAUCAUUUUAAAUCCAUAUUACCAAAAUGUACUUCUAAUGAUCUGAAAGCUAUCAUAAGGCUAAUAAAAGGUGAUCUGAGAAUGGGAGCAGGAGCGAAACAUAUUUUGGAUGGAGUACAUCCAGAUGCGUACGAAGCUUAUCAGGCUUCAAGAAACCUAGAUGCAGUCAUGGAGAAAUGUUUGAAAAAUGAUGGAAAGACAAGAAGUAAAAACGUGAAAGCAGAUAUUACUCUGAUGACUCCUGUUUUACCAAUGUUGGCAGAGGCUUGUAAAUCUGUGGAAUAUGCUUUCAAAAAAUGUCCUGCAGGCAUGUACUCUGAAGUAAAAUAUGAUGGUGAAAGGGUACAAGUUCAUAAAAAAGGCAGCGAUUUUAAAUAUUUUACAAGAAAUCUGAAACCUGUCUUACCUCAUAAAAUCAAUCAUUUCGAAGAAUAUAUUCCAAAAGCUUUUCCUCAUGGUAAAGAUUUGAUUUUGGACAGUGAAAUUUUGCUGAUAAACACAAAUACUGGAGAACCGUUGCCAUUUGGUACUUUGGGUGUUCAUAAGAAAAGCGAAUUCAAAGAUGCUUGUGUAUGUCUGUUUGUUUUUGACUGUAUUUAUUACAAUGGGGAAAGUUUGAUACACAAAACAAUCAAGGAAAGGAAGAAGAUUCUUUCUGAAAACAUGACAGAAAUCACGAAUCACAUAGUAUUUUCUGAAAUGGAAGAAAUACAUGACCCCAAAGAUCUCGCUAAAAUGAUAGCUAAAGUCCUUCAAAUGGGUCUAGAAGGUUUGGUACUGAAAGGGCUGAACACCACCUAUGAACCGGGAAAAAGGCAUUGGCUGAAAAUCAAGAAAGAUUAUCUGUUUGGUGGAGCCAUGGCCGAUUCUGCAGACUUGAUCGUUCUUGGUGCGUGGUACGGUACUGGUAAGAAAGGUGGUAUGAUGUCAAUUUUCCUGAUGGGUUGUUACGACCCACACACAAAGAAAUUUCGAACUGUAACCAAGGUGCACACGGGACAUGAUGAUCAAACUUUGGCGAAGCUGCAGGACGAGUUGAACAUGGUAAAGAUCAGCCAAGACGCAUCUAAAGUACCCAGUUGGUUGAAGUGCACCAAAACUAUGAUUCCAGAUUUGGUGGCGAAGGAUCCGAAGAAACAACCUGUGUGGGAAAUUACAGGAGCAGAAUUUACAAAGAUACACGACGUCCAUACUGCAGACGGAAUAUCUAUAAGAUUUCCGAGAGUGACUCGUAUAAGAGAUGACAAAGACUGGGAAUCAGCUACUAAUCUCGACGAGUUGAAACGGUUAUAUAAAAACUCCAAAGAAAAUACUGAUGUCAGUAAAUUGUUAGGGGUUGAUGAUAAUGAUCAUAGUGAUGAACCACCUAAGAAAAAGAAAAAGAAAGGCACAGAUAAAGAGUCUAAAGAGAAAUCAUCUGAGACUGAACCUAUGGAGGUGGAAAAUACUAGUAUACAAAGUGAUACAAGUGCUUGCACAAAAUCAGAAACGUCAACCAUAAGUGACCUACCAGCAGAAGAGCUAGUUGUGUCUGACAGUAAAAAGUACUUUAAAGGUGUCAAAGCAUUACUUGAGGCUGAACUUAAGAAAGAGGAGUACAGAUAUAUAAUUAGAAAAUUUGAGAAACAUGGUGGCAUCAUCUUGCCGAAAGACAAAUGGGAAAAUGCAACUCACGUUCUACACUAUCUAAGCAAUGUAGAAGCACCGAAUGUUAAAUGUCCAAACACUGUAAAGCAUGUGUUUAUUCGUUGGGUACAAGACAGUAUCACCAAAGAAGCUUUACAGGAUUAUAGAUUAUAUCAUGUACUUUGGAAUCCUAGCGAUUAAAAAAUGAAAAAUGGUACCCUUAUUUUUCAUAUCCCAGUUUUGGAAGUCAUGAAGAGAAAAAUUGAGCUGGUUUCUGAAGUGUCUAAUCAACUAGGAGCUUGAAUAUAUACAUUUUUAUUCAUACCAGUGAAUGUGUGCAUUUUUUGCUAUUCUGAUUUUAUACUUUUGAAAAAGCUGAGCUAAAGUUGAAACAUACAAACCUGUAUUUGAUUUUAUGUUCAUUGAAAGACUGUUUGAUUUUGUUUCCUGCUGCAUUCCUUUUAACAUUAGGGUAGGGAUCUGUAAAUUACUUCAUCAAAAAGUAAAAGGAUUUGGCUGUUUUCUUAUUAUGAGUGUACUUUUAAUAAGUAUUAAAGUAUUUAUGUUCAUGAAACUGUAAUUGUGCAUGCAGUGGGUUAUUUAAUAAUUUAUACAUGAAAAGUUUAGUUAGUA